ACACGCGCGCGCGCACACCAGAAGCACAGGCAGUCCUUAUGUUCCCUCCUUCACCAUGAGAAAAAAAAUAUUGAUUCAUGCAUUAUACGAUAUAUUCAUAGUUUGUUAUUUUGAUUAUUAUUUGAGUGUUAUUAGGUCGCUGUUGCAUCCUAUGAGCUGAGUGUCUUUGCACGUCAUUAUUUUGGCAUUACUCACUACUUGUGCGUGUAUUUGCUUGCACACUCAAUACCAAAAACGACGUAUCUGUGCGGAUCUUGUACCUGACAGGACAAAAUCAGGGAACCAUCGCUGCGUCCAAAGGGGGGAGGAGUCACACUCUGUUGACGCACUGACGUUUGCCGCGUGACGAACCAGGAAGUAAAAGUAAACAACGCCAAAAAGGAAGAUGUUACGUCGUGUCAGUCACCCGUUCUCAUUCGGAGUCCCCGAGGUUUUGUGAAUCACAACGCAUGAAGGACUUCCAUCCCGAUAAGAACGGGCACCCGGUUAGAGACGGGCUGGAAACCGAGUGAGAGCCAUGUUAGCCAUCAGGUCCUCCGAGGAGGAGUCCACGGAGAUGGAGGAGAUGGACACCUCGGAGCCCAAGUGGUGCUGGUUCUACUUGGCUGAGUGUGGGGUUUGGCACAUGUUUGAGAUUGAUCCCAGUGCAGCCUGCUCUGUGACCAGUGCUCAGAUCGAGCAGUGCUACGGCAGAAACCAACGAGGUGUCAUGGAGUUCUACACGGCCAAGUACACCUACAGACUGGACUUCUCGGUGAUGCGACAGAUAAAUGUAACGACAGGGAAGCAGCGACCAAUCAAACGCUCCCUCCACUCUGAAACUGGCUUCAGGUUCAUAUGUGACAAUCUUGCCUUGCCUGUUCCGUGUCAUUGGGAGAGAAUAAAUACCGAUGAGCCCUAUCAGCUUGUCCAGCUCGGACGAGACACAUACGAGUUUAAAGAAGUGGCCAGACUGUAUGAUAGGACGAUGGAUCAUCCAAUCAAAUCCAUCCAGAGGAUUCAGAACCUUGACUUAUGGGAAUUCUUCUGCAGGAAGAAAACACAGUUGCGAAAAGUCAAGCGCACGUUGGACAUUGAGGAGCGCAUGCUGUUUCACGGCACAGGACACAGCAACAUACAAGCGAUAUGUACGUUUAACUUUGACUGGCGGCUGACAGGAAGCCACGGGGACGUCUACGGCAAAGGAAGCUACUUUGCCCGGGACGCCAAAUAUUCCAGUAAAUUCUGUCACACCACGGGGAAGCACAACACCAUCCUGCAGAGACACGGACUCGCCCCGCCGAUAUUUGCCAGUGAGCCGCCCUACAAGACCAUGUUCCUGGCCAGGGUGCUUGUUGGCGAAUACACCGUCGGCCUCCCGAUGUACUGCAGGCCGCCGUCCAAGGACGCCUGCUUCACCAACUUUUAUGACAGCUGCGUGGACGAUAUGGCCAAUCCAAAGAUUUACGUCAUUUUCGACAGCAAUCAGAUUUACCCCGAGUAUCUGGUUGAGUUCUACUGAAGCCAAUCAUGAAGACUUCCAUAUAUAUAUAUAUACAUAUAUAUAUAUAUAUGGCUGGAUCUCAUUCACAAAGGCGGCAUAUGGGACAUUUGCCUUUUCUUUCAGUCACAUCCAGUGCGUAACUGGAGCAUGGGUCGCCUCAAGUGCCUUUGGGGAAAUUGAAAAAGACAAUAAAGACUCUGUGUGCACAGUGUGUGCACGGUACAUUACAUUCUAAGACAGUCCGACAUGACAAAAGGAGGAAAUUGCUGACUCGAGAGCAGUCUUUAUUGCAAUAGUGUAUUAAAUUGAUGAAUCUGUGCUUGCUUGUUCAAUAUCUGCGCGGUUGUUAAAUGAAUUUGGGAACUCGCAGCCCGUAGGUCAUGGGCGAUGCCCCGCCAUUGGCUACGGCCCCGCCGCCACAUCCACAGUGCCACGCGUGAGUCCUGUGGACACGAUCCCAAAUGACGAAACCAAAAACCGCGACACGUUCCUGCUCAUUGACCACGGCGCGAACACCCGUCAGUUAGUGACGUCGACGUCUGUGUGCACUUAGUGCAGCGUAUUAAGGAGGCACGGAUUAUUUGUUUUUAUUCUAAAAAAACGCUUCUACCUCGGCAUCGUUUGAACCAUGCAUCAGUGCACUCCCCCCCCCCCCCUUUCCAUGAAAGGUUUUUGUAUUUGUGUCACAGUGACAUAAAGGUUUGCGAUGUCUCGUUCACUUGUGGUCCUUUUUUAGCAAUAUGUUCCUGUGUAACCUUUUUUUGAACCACUGACUUUAAUCUUCAAAAGGUUGGAUUUUGUAUGCGUUUGCAACCAAGUUCAUUCCAAACUAAAACCAGAUCACAUGGGACUUAAACCAUCCGAGCGGGACGUCACCACCUGCUAACAUGUUUCUUUGAGGGAAUACGCAGGUUACCUUUGCACCUGGUGUAGAUCCAUCUUUUUUUUUUUUAAAGAAUGUAGCCAGCACAUGUAUAUUACUGUAAAGAAAAUACUGCUUUGCCGUGUGCAUUUGUUAAAUCCAUUGAAUGAUUGUAUGUGUUAUUAAAAAAAAAAGGAAAAUGUCUAAAUGAAUUAGUGUCCUGCUGGCCACAAGGUGGCGUAACAGUGCAAGGAUGGAUCAUAAGCUUCUCUUUGCAUAUUGGUGGUAAAUGCAGAGCGAGUGAGGGGAAACAGAUUUGCACAUGUUACAACUAAUAAACUUCUCAGCACAAAUGAAAGGAUUUAU